AUGCCCAUCCUCGAGCCCGCGGACGGAGCGCCGCUCCUGCCGAUACCCGACUGGAUGAAGGCCAAGGCCCGGGGCGUCAGCACGCAGAGCGUCACGUGGCAAAAGCCAGCCGUGUACCACAGCAUGUCGAACCCACUGCGGGCCUCCAACUCGGGGGGCCUCAAGCCGCCAUCCAAGCUUGCACCGCUCGCCGACCUUGGCAGCAACCAGCAACAUGCGAUCGAGACCGAGUGGCCAAUUACGGCGGCGCCAAUCUCAAAAUCGUCGAGCUGUCCGCUGAGCUUGAGCCCCGUAAAGCCAUUGGCACUUCCCGUCGUGAGCUGCGACGCACCGACGCCGAGUCCGACGCUACCGACUUUCGUGCACCACGUACCGCGCGUUAUGGAAGCUUGCCCCGAGGAAACGAGUGGGAGCUUUGAGGCCAUGCCCAGCGGCGCCGCGAGCGUCAACAUACCUCUUCGGCAGUCGCGUCUGUACAGCGAUGUGAACGGGUCCACCAACAAGUGGCGCGCCCGCGCGAUCGUGAAUCCUUUUGCAAAGCGCAAGGCAGCAGCCAACAACGAGCCCAGCCCAAUCGCGCCCGAGCCAGCAGUGACUGAAGUCCUGCCCCGCAACACACCGAUCAUCAAGUCUUCGUUCAAGAUGCAGCCGACGAACCAAGACGAGCCAGCCAUGGAGGUACCAAGCAGCACGCAUCACCCACCGAGCAAGGUGCAGCAUAGCCCACCUCGGGUAGCACCGCCCCGAGUACAGAAAAUGUCGAGCAACUCUGACCAGGGGAACGUCAGUUUGAUGCAGCCCGAGGCGGCGCCAGCGCAGAGGCGUGCAGUGACGCCAGACGUCAUGGUGCGGACACCGUCACCGCCGCCAUCGCCCAAAUGGGACGGUGAAAUGGCACCGCGGCCCAAGAAGACGCAGCCCAAACGCCCCAUCAAAGGCAAGGCGUCGUGCGUCGGUGCGCUCGCCGAGAUCCAGCGCAAGCGGGAAGAGCGGCGUGCGCUUCAAGUGCAAGAGAAGAACCGCAAGGACGCAGAGCUCAAGGAGCACGGUGACGAUACCGGGUACAAAUUCCGGCGCCUCAUCAAGGUGUACCGAGCGACGUUGCCGAAACGAGAUCCCGCCAUGCGGCGUCCGCUUGUGAGCACCAGUAAGCUCAGUGUAUUUGUGCGAAAGCGCCCGCUAAGCAAGAAAGAGCUCGCUGCCAAAGGGUACGAUGUGAUAACGUGCACUCAAGCCGCGUCCCUGUUGUGCCACGAGCCAAAAUUCAAGGUUGAUAUGAGCGAGUCCCUCGAGAACCACGCGUUCGCCUUUGACGGGGUCUUUGACGAAGCCGACGACAACGACGUCAUAUACAAACACUCGGUUGGUCCAUGGAUCCCGUCGCUUCUGCAGUCGAACGGCAUUCUCACCGUGUUCGCAUACGGCCAAACGGGCUCGGGCAAGACCUAUACCAUGAAAUCCGUGUACCGUCAAGCCGCGAGCGACUUGUUUGCGCAACUCGCUUCGUCUUCGAAAGGCCGCAUCGUCGUCGGCGUUAGCUUUUACGACAUUUACAAAAAUGGCGUCUGCGACCUCCUCAACCAGCGCAAGAAGGUCCAAGCACUUGAAGACAACGACGGCGUUGUGCAGCUCUUGGGCCUCACCGAAGUGCAGACAACGUCUGCUGCGAUGCUUAUGGAGCUCGUCGAGAAGGGCGAGGCAUCUCGCAUCACGAGUAUCAACGGCGUCCACGACGACUCUUCGCGUUCCCACGCCAUCUUGCGUGUCACACUGUAUGCUGGGAAUGCCACUCAAAGUAGCCCGCUGGGCACGGCCGAAGCGCGCCUGUCGAUGGUCGACUUGGCCGGCAGCGAACGAGCGUGCGAAACUCAAACCGACGACAAGUCGACUCGCAUGGAAGGCGCGGAGAUCAACAAGAGUCUUCUCGCGCUAAAAGAAUGCAUUCGCGCCAUGGACAUUGGCGCCAAGCACCUGCCGUUCCGCCAAAGCAAACUCACACAAAUUCUCCGCGACAGCUUUAUGUGCGAGACGUCCAAGACGGUCAUGAUCGCAACCGUGUCGCCGUGCUCGGAGCAUUCAAACCACACACUCAACACGCUGCGGUACGCGGACCGCCUCAAAGAGAUCAAUUCGCGGGAGGAUUAG